GCACGGUGUUUCUUCUUCAUUCAUGAUCCAGGAUGUUCUUUGAGGUAUGUUGGUGCCUAAGUGGGAUUGAUUCAAGGCUUGCUUAUGUGAAUCCACUUACUAUCCAAUGGAGAGGAAUAAAACUUUGCAUACUCGAGUGAAACAAUCCCUGGAGACUCGGGCUGGUGACGAGCCUGAGCUUCUUAAGUAUAUGUCGAACCUGCCGUUUUCUUGGAGAGAGCUGAUACUCAUACUCCUCGGGAUAAGCUCUUGAGCGUUGGUGUUCUUGAAUGGGACCGCUUGGAGAAGUGGCAGCAUAGUCAUAACCGGAUGAUGUUUGUGAAGAGUAUAUACUAUAUACCCUUCGGUUGUUUACCAAACUGAUUCUUCAUUGUUUCCGGACAGAGAUGAGUCGUCUGCUGGUCCCAGCAAUCCAAGGAAACAUCGUAGCUCACGGUAGUCUAAGCUCAUGUCAAAUCCUGGUGAAGAAACUGUAAGGGAGUAUCGAGAAAUCAAAGGUACACGGAAAAAGAAACAUAGAGACCAUAGGAGUUUCAGCAUACCUGAUGAGCAGCUUGGUCCAAUUACUGAUGCACAAGAGGGAUGUGAGAAGAAGGACCUGAAAGAGAAGAUUGGCCUAAAACCUGGAAUUUCAGAGGCUGGCGUGAACGUGGAGGUAAACUCUAAGGCUGAUGGUAGUAGACGUAAGAAGAGUGAGAAGAAGUCACGUGAAAAAAACCGAAAUGAUCAUGAUGGGGAACUCGGUCAAAGCCAGCAGAGGGAAGCUAAGCUCUAUGACUCAACUAAGAAGCUAGCUCGAGAACAGGCUAAGACCUCCAAGAGGAGUUCGGCUAACAAAGUCAGCGUAGUUCAUGAGGUUGAAGUAGAUUACUGUGCUCAACAUUCUUACUCCUUGCCAUGUAAAGCUGAUGGCUGCUCGGCAAAGAGUAACAUUGCCUUGGCUGAUGCGGACCCGAACCGGAAUUCAGAUAAAAUAUCUCAGUGUGUGCCACUCUCAGCAAAAGCAAGUAAUACAUCGUCAAGAGGUAAGAUCUCAGAAGACAGAGCAUCAUCUUUGUUAUCUGUGAAACAUUGUGUGGAUUAGCCUGCCCAGAGACAAGAUUCAACGUCACACAAACCUGUCUCUGUUAAGGGGAGAAGUACAUCACCUUUACAGCGGCUUAGCUUCGUUAUGGGCAAGGCCAGCAAAACUAACAGUGAACGAGUUGCUGGUUCCACUACCCAUCUAGAGUCAAUGGCUAGCUCCAUAAAGA